ACUUUUUGGAAACUCCUUUGGAAGCCUUUAAUUCCUUAACAUAUAUCAUAUAGGCAGGUGGGACUAGCUACUUAAAAAUGUCAAAUGUGGAAUGUUCAUAAAUUAAUCAAGUAAUCGUCAGAAGAAGCAAACUCACUGGAGUCAUCAAAAUUGUGUACUCAGCAUUUGCAUCAUGGAAUUUUUCAAAAGGCUAUUAAAACUAGAAUAUAAACUUCAAAAACAUGACGACAAAAGUAUGACGCCUUUCUCAAUUGUAGGGUUUUUUUAUGCAUUGUAAUAGCAGUUCAUAAAAUAAUAUCACAGAACAUACAGUUUGGCCAUGAAAAGAAAACAAUCUAAUUUGAAAAGCUGAGCAAACAGAGCUGAGUGUCAAGUAUAAUACACAUUCAACAUGCGCUUCUCGGUCGUAUUUGUCCUCGCCGUCCUCGGCUGCCUCCUGUUCAUCCAGGAGGGCAGUGGUGCCUCAUCCAGUAGCACGGAUGCGACCACAACCACCACCGCCUCCUCCGCCACGACCACCACCACCGACGCCACCACCACCACCACCGUCGCCUCAGACACCAGCACGACCACCAAAUCUUCCAAAUCCUCUUCCUCGGCGGCUGCCAAGAGGCGCAGGCGUGCCCGCCGUCGCCGUCUGGCCAGGGAGCGCCAGCGUCGGGAGCGAAGGAGACAGCGCAGGACUGAGAGGCUGCGCAAUCAGCUGGAGAACCAGCGUCGCCAGAUAAAACGGCUGCGUGGAUAAAGAUCGCUGCGGAAACAUCUCUCUUUUCUUUAAAGCAAUUGAAUAUAUUUAAAAGGCUAAUUUCUUGGAUUUGUUACAUUUGUGCCGGUAGCAAAGUAGCAAAUUCUGAUGGUAAAGUUAAUAACGAAAAAUUACCACUUGAAAUAAAAAAAUUAUGGCUAUACAUUGUA